AGUGAUUUUGAUAUCCUUUUCCUUUUUGACAAAACCUUUGGUAUGUUUUCAACAUUUUUUAACUGUUAUUACAAUUAAUUGUUAUUAAGAGGUCUUUGAUUAUCAUUAGGUGAUACUUCUGUAAUCAAUGGCAGAUCAGACCGAAAGGGCUUUUCAAAGACAGCCGACCAUCAAUUUGGUGAGAAAACCAGUGAUCGGCAAACAAAAAGUCAGAAAGACUUUGAGAUACAUCCGUAAUGUUGGCCUCGGAUUCAAAACUCCACGAGAAGCCAUCGAAGGUUCUUAUAUUGACAAGAAGUGUCCAUUUACUGGCAAUGUUGCCAUCAGAGGGCGUAUAUUGCGAGGAGUGGUGAUUAAGAUGAAGAUGCAGAGGACUGUUGUUAUCAGAAGAGAUUACCUGCACUUCAUCAAGAAAUACAACCGUUUUGAGAAACGACACCGAAAUAUGUCCGUUCAUUUGUCUCCAUGUUUUAGAGACGUAGCUCUGGGCGAUUGGGUUACAGUUGGAGAGUGUAGACCACUGAGUAAAACAGUUCGCUUCAAUGUCCUUAAAGUGACCAAAUCUGCGAGCGCUAAGAAAUCGUUUCAAAAAUUUUGAAUUAUUGCUAAAUUUGAUUGAAAUAAAUAAACUUUUUUGAUUUAAAUUGA